CCAAUUCCGACUCCCAUUCCCAUUAGAGAUUCGAAUCUCAUUCAUAGUCCCACUGAUUCAGUUUCCUUAUAUUCUACGGGUUGUUUUGCAGUUUCCAUAAGAAGAAGAACAAGACCCUCUCUCAAUCGCCUCCCACUCCACAUCACCAUGCCCACUAGCGUAUCGGAGAUCCAGAGCGAAGACCCUCUCUCGGCCGUCGACGAUGAGUGCCCGGUUAAGCAGGUGGAUAUUACUGUCCCCAAAACCGAUGACCCCAACUUGCCGGUUCUCACAUUCAGAAUGUGGGUUCUGGGGGUUGCGGCCUGCGUCAUACUCUCCUUUGUCAACCAGUUCUUUUGGUACAGAGCCAACCCAUUAUCGGUUUCUUCGAUUGCCGCGCAGAUUGCUGUGGUGCCCCUUGGCCAUUUGAUGGCCAAGACGCUUCCCACUCGACCCUUUUUCCAAGGCACCCGGUUUGAGUUCACCUUGAAUCCUGGACCCUUCAAUAUAAAGGAGCAUGUUCUGAUUACCAUUUUUGCUAAUUCUGGUGCUGGCUCUGUUUAUGCCACUCAUAUCUUGACUGCUGUUAAGCUUCUCUACAAGAGACAGCUUACUUUCAUUCCUGCUCUGCUUAUUAUGCUCACUACUCAGAUUCUAGGAUUUGGCUGGGCUGGACUCUUCAGGAAAUAUCUGGUUGAGCCUGGGGAGAUGUGGUGGCCUUCCAAUUUGGUUCAGGUGUCGUUAUUUCGGGCUCUUCAUGAGAAGGAAAAGAGGCCCAAACGCGGCACCACUCUUACACAGUUUUUCCUCUUGGCCAUGAUUUGCAGCUUUGCUUACUAUGUUGUUCCUGGCUAUCUUCUCCUGAUGCUUACCUCUUUCUCUUGGCUCUGUUGGUUUGAUUCAAAGUCUCUUUUCCUUCAUCAACUGGGUUCUGGCAUGAAUGGCCUUGGACUCGGCGCAUUCGGCAUAGAUUGGACCACAAUUUCAUCUUACCUUGGAAGUCCCCUAGCCAGUCCUUGGUUUGCCACUGCCAACAUUGCUGUGGGCUUUGUUCUUGUUAUGUAUGUCAUGACACCCCUUACUUACUGGCUCAAUGUAUAUGGGGCAAAGAAAUUUCCCAUAUAUUCGAGCGCCCUUUUCAUGUCCAAUGGUCAAAGAUACAAUAUUUCAAGCAUAGUCGAUUCUCAUUUCCAUCUUGAUCGAGGAGUUUACCGCACAACUGGACCUGUAAAUCUCAGUACCUUCUUUGCAAUGACCUAUGGUCUUGGAUUUGCCACUCUUUCUGCUACAAUUGUGCAUGUCUUUCUCUUCAAUGGAAGGGAACUGUGGAACCAAAGUAGAAGUGCCUUUGGUGGGAAGAGAAAAAUAGACAUACACACAAAGCUUAUGCGUGCCUACAAACAAGUGCCAACUUGGUGGUUCAUCGUCAUCCUUGUGCUCAACAUUGGACUCUCCAUUUUUUCGUGUCAAUAUUACAAUGUCUCGCUUCAAUUGCCUUGGUGGGGUGUACUGUUAGCUUGUGUGAUUGCCUUCUUCUUCACUCUUCCCAUCGGCAUCAUUGCUGCCACCACAAACCAGGCACCUGGUCUGAACAUUAUUACAGAAUACAUCAUUGGUUAUGCAUACCCCGAACGCCCGGUUGCCAACAUGUGCUUCAAGGUGUAUGGAUAUAUCAGUAUGACACAAGCUCUAACCUUUGUGUCCGACUUUAAACUUGGUCACUACAUGAAGAUUCCACCCAGGACAAUGUUCAUGGCCCAGAUUGUUGGAACAAUCAUAGCCGUGUUUGUAUACAUUGCAACUGCUUGGUGGCUAAUGGGAUCGAUUCAAGACCUGUGUGAUACCAACCUGCUGCCUGAAAACAGCCCCUGGACUUGCCCAAUGGACAGAGUGUUCUUCGAUGCUUCUGUGAUUUGGGGGCUUGUUGGGCCUCGUAGAAUCUUCGGGAACCUGGGAGAAUAUGGAGCUGUGAAUUGGUUCUUUUUUGGAGGAGGCAUGGCCCCUUUGCUUGUAUGGAGUGCGCACAAGAUGUUCCCGAAGCAGAGUUGGAUUCGGCUGAUCCACAUGCCUGUCCUGUUGGGCGCAACAUCGAUGAUGCCACCAGCCAGCGCUGUGAACUUCACCAGUUGGUUGAUCUGUGGGUUCGUGUUUGGAUUUGUGGUUUUCAGAUACAAGAGGGAGUGGUGGAAGCGGUACAAUUACAUCCUGUCGGGGGGGCUGGAUGCUGGAACCGCCUUCAUGACAAUACUCAUCUUUCUUACAUUGGGAUCAAAAAGCAUCGACUGGUGGGGGAACAAUACUGAUGGAUGCCCCUUGGCGUCUUGCCCCUCAGCCAAAGGAGUUAUGAUUCAUGGCUGCCCAAUAUUCUGAUCUCUCUCAUCUUUCUUCUUAGCUUACCAAAAGUGUGUAUCUCUUCUUAUUUUCUCGUUACAUCAUUGCGUCUACUCUCUCUCUGUUGUAAAUUUCUUCUCUGUGAUUUCCUUUGACGUUUCUUCUACUUUAGGGGUUAAGUAAAAUGCACAGUUUUUUUGUUGUCC